GUCAUUAGUUAAUUACCAGAAGUGAAAGACCUACUCUUAUUACCCACAAAAGCUGCUAAAUAUAAAUUCUUCAUUUAGAUAACAUGUAUUUGGUUACCUUAAUAUAUUCAACCAAAUAAACAACUUAAAUUGACUUAAUUUGAUUAGGCGCGUUACAUAUCCCACGCGAUACAAUUGGAGAACUAGUAUUGGUUUAGGGAACGCUAACAGCUUUGCAGUGAAGUAUUCAUUCAUUCACUCGCUGUUCAUGCUAACCGCUGCUUAGUACGGAAAAUCGUUAAAUCGGGAGUUUGUUGUUGGUAAUAAGAAACAACAAUACGUGAUUAUCACUUAUUCUCUCCUGCUACGUGUUCCGUGUUCGACAAUUCGAACUAUUUGGUAUCUCCAACAAGACAGCAGACACACAGACUUCGUUAUUCAUUAUGUAUAUAAACUUGUAAGAAAAAAAAGGGAUAUUAAUUAUAAUAAAACAUUUCAAAAAGGCUUGGCAAAUAUCUCGCAUAAACACUAAAGAUAUGGAGAACCUUUUAAAUUGAUAAAAGCACUUACUUUAUCUACACUUCACAAUUUGCCCGUGCAUGUCAGCAAUAACGUUUUGAUAAGUGUAUUUGUUGACUGCAAUCCGAACAAUAGUGUAAUACUAGCACAAAACCCAGUUUUAUUUGCUAAACGUUUUAUAGAAGAAAUAUUUAAAUGAACAAUGUGAGUUGGAUGGACUUUAUUACGACAAUUGCACAAAAUUCUGUAUAGGUCGGAAACGUUAAAAUUUGUGCAUAUAUAAAUAAAAUCAGUGUCGAACUUUAAACGUUGAAAAAUCAAAGAUGGACCUAAAGUGCUGUCUGUAUGUCGCCUGCAUUACAGUCAUUUUGAAUGGAGUAUUUGGAGAUGUUGCACACAUCACAGAGGUAGAACAACUACGGUUUUUGUUUUACAAGCAUUUAGAGUGCCAACAUCUAAUGAACAUGACAAAUGAUGUUAAUACGACAGAUGGCAUAUAUUGCCCAAGGAUCUGGGAUAAUAUCAUGUGCUGGCCUGAGGCUAAAGCAGGAACGGUAGCAAGUCAACAAUGCCCUUUUUACAUUAACAAAUUCAAGACACACGAGUUUGCCUUCAGAGAGUGUCUGCCUAAUGGUACUUGGCUUGAUCCAAGAACAAACAAAAGCUUAGAUGAUACAGGUUGGACAAAUUUCUCACAGUGUAUAACCACAGAAAAUCAUCCAGACGAUGCGCCGAAAAGUAAAGGUGUUGUUUCUCUCGUUACGAGACAUCAAGAUGCAUUCCGCAAGAUGUACAACACUGGAUAUUUCAUGUCGUUAGUUUCACUUCUGCUGGCAAUAAUUGUAAUGCUGUAUUUCAGAAAAUUACAUUGUGCAAGGAAUUACAUUCAUCUCAACCUGUUUCUAUCGUUCUUACUCCGAGCUGCACUGAGUGUUAUAAGAGACAACACAUGGGAACAUCAUCUAGGCUUCCCGUCGGACGUAGAGACCUUACCGAACGGAACAAUCGUGUAUACGGAUGGUCCGCAUUGGGAAUGUCGUUCUUUCUUCACAUUAUAUAAAUACGUGUUGGUUGCCAGUUACAUGUGGAUAUUUAUGGAGGCAGUAUACAUACACAUGAUUAUCUUUGUCUCCGUGUUUACUGAGAAAACACGAGUAGUAUGGUACAUCAUUAUAGGAUGGAGUAAGUAUGAUUUUUUUUGUCACCAGUCUGAUUAA